UAUCCAAAACCUCACCUUAAACCUUAGCGUAGCUUUAGCUUUUGGUAGAAGAAAGAAAAACCAAACCCAUUCUUAACACUAAAUAGGAAUGAUAAUGAGCGAAGUGUGUGGCCUUCGCACGCGCUGCCUCCGCUGCCUCCUCCCCUCCUCAUCUCCACUACUUCGCCGCCGCAGCUGCCUAUUCUCCACUUCAACCAUCGCAUGCUCAGCGGCGGCCAGUAGAAAAGAGAAGGUGGUUGUCAUUUCUGGUCCCACUGGGGCCGGAAAGAGCCGCCUUGCCAUGGAGCUGGCUAAGCGGCUUAAUGGUGAAAUCAUUAGCGCUGAUUCUGUACAGGUAUAUCGCGGUCUUGAUGUUGGAUCAGCAAAGCCUACUCCAAGUGAAAGAAAGGAAGUGCCUCACCAUUUGAUUGACAUAUUACACCCAUCUGAAGAUUAUUCAGUUGGACGAUUCUUUGAGGAUGCUAGGCAUACCACUCAAAAUAUUCUUGACAGAGGCCGUGUUCCCAUAGUUGCUGGUGGGACUGGUUUAUAUUUGCGAUGGACGCAUGGACUUUCUUUCUUCAAUGAGAUUGGGUUUGUAUAUGGGAAGCCAGAUGUUCCUAAAGCCUCACCAGAGAUUGCAUCUGAAUCAUACUCAGAGCUUGCAGAACUACAGGAAAACCAGGACUGGGAUGCAGCUGUACAGUUAGUGGUCAAUGCAGGUGAUCCCAAGGCUGAAUUUUUGCCUGCCAACGAUUGGUAUCGAUUACGACGCAGCCUUGAGAUAAUCAAGGCUACUGGAUCUCCUCCAUCUUCUUUUCAAGUUCCAUAUGAUUCCUUUAAAGAACAAUCAGCUACAAGAUUAACUGAGAGCUCUCUCAAUGCAAAUGUGGUUGGAGAUGUAUACGAGAAAGCUAAACCAAAGGAUCUAGAUUAUGAAUUCCUAUGUUUUUUCCUCUCAAGCCCUAGAAUAGAUCUUUACAGAUCAAUUGAUUACAGAUGUGAAGAUAUGCUUUCAGGAACUGAUGGAAUAUUGUCUGAGGCCAAAUGGCUUCUUGAUAUGGGUCUCCUUCCCAAGUCCAACUCACCAACUCGAGCAAUUGGUUAUAGACAAGCCAUGGAGUACAUCUUACAGUUCAGGCAACAAGGUGGUAGUUCUACGGGAGAGUUCUAUGCUUUUCUAUCUGAAUUUCAAAAAGCAUCAAGAAAUUUUGCAAAAAGGCAAAUGACAUGGUUUCGCAAUGAACAUAUUUAUCACUGGGUCGAUGCUUCUAAGCCCUUGGAUAAGGUGCUUAACUUUAUUUAUGAUGCAUACCAUGAUCAGACUGGAUCUUUGGUUGUACCGGAAUCUCUUCGAAUGGAUAAAUCUAAUCAACAAGAAAAUCGUCAACUAAAGACUUACCGCACUAAAAAUAGGCAUUUCGUCAGCCGAAAUGAUUGCUCCGAUAUUUUAGACUGGUUAAGGACACAAGAGACAGUAACGGGCAGCAUGGUUUGACUUGGAGAUGCCUUCAUUUCGCAAUUUGCAUUUUGAUAGCAUAGAUGAGCUUACUGUGUUUAGCGCAAAUGUGAGAAUGGGGUCUGAAUUCGAGUUUGACUUUAGCAUUACUUUGUCGAUUCUAGUACGUAGUGAACAUUCUUUAUGCCUUCACCUUCAGAACUGCAAGCUCAGAUAAUGUGAUACGGAGAAGGGCCGCAAGAAUAUAUUUAUGCUUAUUACUUCAACCAUUCUUUUGGUAUUAUAUAUUUUUUUUCUUUUUCGGGGUUGGUGACCGGCAAAUUAGGGUGUAAAAUGAUGACAUUUGAUAUAAAUAUGAAUGUCUUCUAUUGUUUUGCACUAA